AUGAAGCGGAAACAGGACGACGAGCGCCUUGAUGGCCAUGACGGCCCCGACCAUGCUCAAGUCCAAUCCAAGAAAAGAGCUACUGAUUGGGUCCAGCAGCAGCAGGAGGAGGAACUCUCACAAGUAGAGCAGCUCGAGGCACCGGCCCUACCCUCGCAAUCGCGAUCGCCACCUGCUGGCGCAGAGGCGGCAGCUUCUGAUGGCAACGGCAACGACAGCCUCGAACUCGACCCUGACUCGGCCUCUGUUGCCUCGGUUGCCAACACCUCCCUUACCCACGCCGAUCCGACGACUACGGUAGCAGCAACUAGUAUCAACACUACCACGACUCGUGCUUCACGCCGCUUCCCCUCCGAUCUCAAGACCAUCAGGUGCACAUUCGCCGGUUGCACCAAGACCUUCAACCGCCCUGCUCGUCUGGCUGCCCACCUCCGAUCUCACACAAACGAUCGCCCGUUCAAGUGCCCCUACGAUGACUGCGACAAAGACUACCUCGAAGAGAAGCACCUCUCCCAGCACAUCAAGGGAUCUCAUACCAACGAUCGAAAGUACACAUGCCCCGAGCCCGGUUGCGGAAAGUCCUUUGUCACUAAUACACGACUUCGCCGCCAUGCUCUGGUUCACGAGGGCGCCGAUCGCUACCGCUGCCGCGGCUAUGGGGACUGUGUCCAGAGCUUCCGCAAGCACCAAACGCUCCAGAGACACAUCCGAACCGUUCAUCUAGGCAAGUCGGCAUAUCCAUGCGGUAACGACGGGUGUGACGCCGGCUUCGACACUGCAAGUGCCUUGCGAAGGCACGUAGAGCGCGAGCACGGUGACCUGAAGUUUUGGUGCGACGAAUGCAACGCUGAAGGAGAGGGUGAUGACAGUGGAGGUCGCCGUGUUGGAUUUACCACGAUGCUGCUGCUUCAAGCCCAUAUGAAGAAGGAGCACAACAACUGCGCCUUCUGCGGUGUCAGAUGCGGUACACAAAGCAACAUGAUGCGUCACGUUGAGCUCUACCACUCAGCCAAGACAGUCGAAGAUCGAAAGACGAUUGCUUGCACGUGGGAGGGCUGUGACAAAAAGUUCACGCGUGUCUCCAAUCUCAACACGCACAUCAAGUCUGCCCAUGAAGGCCAUCGUUUCGUCUGCGGACAGACCGAUACUUACGAUGCCAAGGUUUCGGAGAUUGCGGACUGGAACUUCGCGGAAGAGGGUUGUGGCCAGGGAUUUACCACCAGGGUCAAGCUGGAGGAGCAUGUUCUUCAUGUUCAUCUUGGGAAGAAGCGUCCACCCAAGCUGUAUCCCGUCCCUUCCAUGGUCGCCCAGGCUCAGCAAGCUCAACAGGCUUUGCUGGACACUCGUGACCUUGCUUGCCCUGCGCGAGGAACAGGCAGCUAUGGUACCAUUUCCGAGUGCUGCCAACUUGAGCGUUGA